AUGGAAUCAAUUACUCGAGUCUCCAUGUCCGUUUGUCCAUUCGUGAAAUCGUCAUCGGCCCAAGCGUUACGUCAAUUGAGUAAAAACUCAGCUUUGACUAGUCAAGCACGCCAAUGUCCAUUUAUGGGUGCGGCCUUGAAUGCUAAGGAAUCGACUAGAUCGUACUCGUCAGCCACUAAACCUGUCAGAGCUACAGCUUCUUCUCUUGCUUCGAAUCCACCUUCGACUAUGCAAUCAAAGUACUCUUUCAAGGCAGAGGAACUCGUUGGAAACAAGGAUGCGAUUAAUCUUGAGUCAAAAGAGAAUACUUUUGACUUCAAAGGUUACUUAAACUCCGAAUUGAGCAAGAAGAGAACUGACAAGUCGUAUCGUUUCUUCAACAACAUUAACCGUUUAGCUAAUGAAUUCCCUAAGGCUCAUCGUUCUGAAGAGAAUGACAAGGUUACUGUUUGGUGCUCUAAUGAUUAUCUUGGUAUGGGUAAAAAUGAGAAUACGAUAAACGAAAUGAAGCGAGUCUUGACCAAGUAUGGUUCAGGUGCCGGUGGUACCAGAAACAUUGCUGGACACAACAUCCAUGCUCUUAAGUUAGAAUCGGAGUUAGCUGCUUUGCACAAACAUGAAGCUGCAUUAGUUUUUUCGUCUUGUUUUGUUGCUAACGAUGCAGUUUUAUCGUUAUUUGGCCAAAAGAUCAAAGACUUAGUCAUCUUUUCUGAUGAAUUAAAUCAUGCCUCUAUGAUCCAGGGUAUUAGAAAUUCAAGAGCUAAAAAGCAAGUCUUUAAGCAUAAUGAUUUGGCUGAUUUGGAAGAAAAAUUAGCUCAAUAUCCAAAAUCAACCCCAAAAUUGAUUGCAUUUGAGUCUGUCUACUCUAUGUGUGGUUCUAUCGCCCCUAUCGAAGCUAUUUGUGACUUAGCAGAAAAAUACGGAGCAUUGACUUUCCUUGAUGAAGUCCACGCAGUAGGUAUGUAUGGUCCUCAUGGUGCUGGUGUUGCUGAACACUUAGAUUUCGACGCCCAUUUGAAAUCGGGUAUUGCUUCGCCACAAACCCAAACAGUUAUGAAUAGAGUAGAUAUGGUUACAGGUACUUUAGGUAAGGCCUACGGUACUGUAGGUGGUUACAUCACCGGUAAGGCUAACUUGAUUGAUUGGUUUAGGUCUUUUGCUCCAGGUUUUAUCUUCACUACCACUUUACCUCCAUCAAUUAUGGCUGGAUCAAGUGCUUCCAUUCGUUACCAAAGAUCAACCUUGCAAGACCGAAUCGCUCAACAAACUAAUACCAGAUACGUCAAGAACAAUUUAACCGAUAUUGGUAUUCCUGUUAUUCCAAACCCAUCGCAUAUUGUGCCAGUUUUAGUUGGUAAUGCGCUCGACGCUAAAAAGGCCUCUGAUUUGUUAUUAGAUAAGUACAACAUUUACGUUCAAGCCAUCAAUUUCCCAACUGUACCAAUCGGUCAAGAAAGAUUGAGAAUCACCCCAACUCCAGGCCACGGACCCGAACUUUCAAACCAAUUGAUUGGUGCCCUUGAUUCGGUUUUCAAUGAAUUGAGUUUGUCAAGAAUCGGCGAUUGGGAAGGUAAAGGAGGUUUGUGUGGUGUUGGUGAACCUGAUAUCGAACCAAUAGAACACAUUUGGACUUCCGAACAAUUAGCUUUGACUGAUGCUGAUAUAAACCCUAACGUGAUCGACCCUGUUAUUCAACCUAUUGGAGUCAGUUCUGGUGUUAGGGAUUAA